AUGACGCCUUUACACUAUGCAGUGCACGAUGUCUGGCAGGGAUGCUUGGCGACUUGUACAAUGUUGUUAGAGACGUUGACAGAGUGCCAGGCAAGGAAAAUAUCGAAGGAGAACAACGUGAUGGCGGAUCCGAAGUAUUUGGUGUUAUGGCAAUGGCAAGAUUGGAUUUUCUGGUAGUAUAAGCUAAAGCUUUGCUCUUCUUCUAGUACUAGUUUUUGUUCUAGAAGAUAUUCACAAUGAAGCAUUUUUGGCUGCAGCUAGUUACAAGAAAAUGAAUCAUGGCCAUCCAAGCUUCUAAUACCUGGCGUUGCCCCAACGACACGAGGAGGACCGAAUUUUUCGGAUUACUACUUCCGACUCUUGCUCCCUCACGAAGUGAAGAACCUGAAAGGCGGGCACAAAGAGCGCAGUGCAGUCAUCACAGAUGAGCUAUUGAAUGGCGCAGACUGCUUCGGAUACACACUGCUUCAUCACGCCAGUGUGGGCGGCAAUUACCGCUGCACUCAUGUUUUGCUCACAAAUGGCGCGGACGCAAAGGCAAGGACGGUUGUGCCGACUACUACGGCUCUGGGUGGCAAAAGCAAUGGUGCAAACUCAUCCAACAAAGAGAACAUUCCUGGUCAGUUGGGCAAAACGGGCGGCUCAGAUCUAGAAUUGAGAGCAGAAAGACAGGCCUUUUCCGGCGAUGCGGUUGUCGGUAUAACAGCUUUUGAACUGGCCAAAGACGUCGCAACGAAAAAAGCCUUGCAGGGUUCAGCAGCCGGCUUCAAGCGCCAACCAGCUUCUGAGGGGGCGCGUCAAAAAACUUUAGCUGGUUUGUCACCGGGUGGUAGCAAACUCACAACUGGAGGUGGAGAAGAUGGAGCUGCUGUUUCGCCACUAGCUUCCAAAGUAACGAGAGGUCGCGCGAAUACUGGAGAUGUCAGUUUUGUGAGCGAGGGCGGUGCUGGCGGACCUUCCUUCCUUGCGGAUCCAGUCGAGAUUGCGAGACAGCGAACCAAAUUGGCUGAGCGAUACGGAGACUACGUGAACGAGGAACAGGGGAUUUACAGUCAAAACGGGUGUCAUGCGGCACUCUUUGAUACGAUCACGAUGCACACGCAAGCUGCAGAAGCAGGUAAGGAUGGUCCGACACCGUCCAGCAGUAGUACCUCUCCAACCAAGGGACGGGCGGCAGCGGAUGCAGGACAAGGAGGGGCGGCAGCGCAGUCGUCGUUACGAGUACACUGUGAUUGGACUUGGAAGUUUGAGUUUCUUGAAAUGAAGAAUCAGAAUGUAGUUACUAGUCCAUUCUUCUCAUUUUUAGAAGGUCGACGUCCACAAGAAGUUUAUUAUCAUCGGAAAUUCUACUACUAGUGGAUUCACGCACCAGCAUUUUGAUCUAUCUGGUGUCCUUACCAAAAUAAAAACAAACCUUCAGGCCCUCCUCGACGCCCACCCCGAGACCAAUCCUUGGAAACCGGAUGCUAGUGGAUGGACCUCAAUCCAUUACGCAGCUUCGCAUGGGAAACAUGGAGAACUACGCGUUCUCCUUCGGCAUAGUAAGAAGCACCUCCACGAUCCGAACUGCGAUGAUCGGAAUGGCAUGCAAAAUGCCUUUUUGUGGCGGGAAAGAGACGAGGAUGGAACGAAGGCAGCGUCGACUGGAAGAUUGGAUUCUUAUGAUUGAAGUAGAUCAGAAGGCGAAGGGAGUACUUGUUGUACUUCUAGAAGAAGAAGAAGACCACUUCUCUAAGAGAACAAGAUGAGGUACUAGAGCAGAAGGUGAGACAUAAGUUUAAGUACACGGAUUCCAAAUAUCAAUUUCAAUGGAGUAGUUCAAAUAAGUAGUUGUGGACCACUUGCGAUUUCCUUUUCUAAAACCCAGACGCCAUCAACAUCUUAACCGGACCUCUACAGCCUGGUGGUGGCCAACGUGGCAUGAACAAGCGACCAAAGUCUGCCGGAGUCGGUGGAAGAAGCGGCGGGACAGCCUACGGUUUAGUGAAACCACAAGCGACGUCGUCGUCAAGGGGAGGGACGAUGAGUUUUACUCUAUCAUCAAAGGGCAGCAACGUGGGUGGCGGCGGCAGCAAGCGUGCUGGCAAAGCAGGCUUGCCACCCGGACCGGAGUCGCUGCUUCACAGGACGCCGACGCACGUCGCUGCUCAGGCUGCGGCGGGUGGCCACGCGGAUGUGAUUUUGAAGGAUAGUGCGCAUGUCAAGUGUCUGGAAGUGCUGGAGGAUGAAGGAUGGCUGCAAUUGGAGACGCGGGAUCAUCAGGGAAACACGCCAAUCCUUUUGGCGGGAGCGGCGGGGGCAAGUACUUACUCCUAGAAGAGCUUUUACUACUUCGACAUGAAGAAUACUGCCUUAAUUUUUUAGAAGUACAAGUAGAGCUUCUAGAGCAAAAUUGAAAUUUUUCUAGCAUGUAGUUGAUCAUCUUUAGCUGUCUGAUGUCCUCCAGCACACGACAAGCCCAUCUGCUCCACAACAGCCGCUGCCGUGCAAUGGCUAAUCAAUCAUGGCGCAGACCCUUUCGUAACCGACAACGCUGGCAGAACGUUGCUACACUUAGCUUUGCUUGGCGGCCAUGGACCUCUCACGAGACUUCUAGUCUACUUCGACUCCGAUAGAGGCAAUUUCUUUCGCGUCAAAGAUUGCAGAGGCCAGACGCCCAGUCAAUUGCUAGGUUGUGCCCCUGGGGUGAAGUCUGAGGAUCUGAUCACAAUCUGGGAUGCAGCUAGGAGAGGUGACAUUGACAAGUUGCGAGCGGCUCUGCGAAUCGGAGCGGAUAUAGAUACAGUAUCACCCAGUGGCUGGACACCUUUGAUGUACUGUGCUGCCAGCGGACACGCAGUCAUUGCACGCUAUCUAUUAGGUGUUGGUGCGGCAGAAACAAGACCAAUUUUGCCGCAUCCGCUGUAUAAUCUGGAAGUGUUUAGUGCUGGCGGGGGUGUUUCUAUGUCAAGUGCAGCGGCAGAUACUGUUGUAGCGUGUUGUCGACCGCAUAAGGGCCGUUUGCCGAUGCACUUGGCAGCAGAGCAGGGCUCUCCCGAAAUAUGCACACUGCUGCACGAUAUAAAGGGACAGGAUUUGAACGUAGUUGAACCUCAAAAACUCUUGAUGUUUGUCUUGCUCUCAUGCUCUCUUAUCUUCACUACAACUACGUGUUGUCGACAGUCGUGUGUAACUCUCGUCCUUAGAACUACGAGAGAAACAACUACAACGAGAGAAACAACUACAUUCACAAAACCAUCGCCACCAACCACGACAGGUCCCCUGCGAAGACCUCCAGAAAACACCGCUCAUGUACGCUUGCUCAAAUGCGAGGAUAGAAUCCGUCGAUGCCCUUCUGAAAAACCCAAGAGUAGACCUCUUCGCCGUUGAUGCUCGUGGCAGAACGUGCUUGCAUUGGCUCGCACUGUGUGCGGCAGGAGAAAGCGGACUUGGCGAAAGCAAGGUGGUAGAACCUGCUAAGAUGUUUUCUUCGACAACUGGCGCAUCUGGUGGUAUACUAUCAAACAACAUGCAAGGUAGAGUAAAACAAGCCUUGGUGAGUGUCAAUGGUGGCUCGGGAGCAGGAGGUGCAGGUGGUGGCUCAGGAACCGCAGCAUCGUCUGGCGCAAAACGGGCGAAGGUUGAUAGCGACUGUGCCCAGAUAGCGAAGCUGAUUGUUUCACUGGUAGGCGUCAAAAAAGCAUCUGCUUUAUGGAAGCGGACCUACAUUCGGAGGGUGUCUGGCGCUGAGCAGGAAAUCACCGCACUAGACGAGAUCAAGGAGCUGGAUAGACUGAGACAUGUAUUUUUACAGCAUUUCCAUUAUUUGUGAGUAUCAUGGAUGAUGGAUUUGGAUGUCAUGCUUGGACAUGCCUGGUUUGCUUUUUCCUGUUUCCAUCCACCAGCAACAUGUUUGAAUUUGAAAAUAGGCGAAGAUAUCUCUCAUCUUCUUACUUCGCGAUAGAUUCACUACUACAUCCAACUCUCUCACAACCCAGGGUUCCUCCAGUGACUGGAAGAGCAAGACUCAAAACAUGCUUUUGCGGCUGGAACAUUACCUGAAAGAGGAAACUAGGAAGCGAGACAGCAUGAUGAAAGAAUUGGACGAAAAGGCUGGCUAUCAAAUCGAACGAAUUCAAGAAUACGAGAAGUCGGGUGUUAUUUUGCCGAAGAAUAGGGUAAAAGUGAACAUGGAUGGCGCACAUGGAGCAGCAGCACCGACGUUCGGGGUGUCUCCUUAUGAGGCUUGAUGAUGCAUUGAAGAAAAUGAUAAUGUAAAUGUCCUAAGUGAUAAAAGAACAAGAAAUUCAGGUUUGUUUACCGAGGAUCCAUCUGAGGAAGUAUUUCAUCUUCAUGAUCAAUGGAGAUGAACAUGAAUCAUUGUCGUGGUAUUACCGCUCUAUCUCUAAUCUGCAACUGUGGGAGUUGCCGGAGGAAUGACAGCUGCAUCUGGGAUUCCAAAGCUUGCAACCGGCACAGUUGGAACUAGUGGUGUUACCGGAGCAGCGAUGGUAUCACCAGCAACAUCCUCUGACGUCGGCAUCAUCAACAGUCUAGCAGCAAAGGGCUCGUUGGUAUCCGCUUCUGCGGCUGGGAAUUCGGCAUUGCUAGAACGAAAUAUGGCAGCCUCUGGUGCAGCACCGAAAGCAACUACAGCGACUGCUGCUAGCACUUUGGCGACUGGCGUAGCGAGGCCAGGAGGCUCUCUAGUGGGAGGUCUUGGUAGUGGAGGCCCUUCGGCAGUUGCAAAGCCAGCGGGUUCAUUAGUUGGAGGAACUGGUACUACUGCGACUUCAGCAACCGCAAGUAAGCCUGCAGGUUUAGUUGCUGGUCUUGGGUCUGCCUCUGCAACAGCAGCUGCCAAACCUGCUGGUCUAGUAGCGGGUAUUCCAGCUAAACCAGCUGGUUAUCAAGUAGGAGUCGGAGCCACGGCAGCUGCCACUGCCAAACCAGCAGGAGCAGGAUUAGUCGGUGGCUUGACCGGUGCACCAGCAAAGCCUGCUGGCCUAGUUGCCGGCCUAGGAGGUGCCGCAGCGAAGCCAGCUGGCGUAGGAGCUUAUUCCUCAAUGGGUGUACCCCCAAAACCAGCUGGUUUAGCUGUUGGCGCUACAUCCACUGGAGUUGCUUCGAAACCGCCUGGCUUCGGCACAACAGGAGUGGCAAAUAAACCAGCACCAGGCAGCGUCGCUGGUGGCAUGAACAUUCCACCAGGCGUCGGCGGUCCUCCGAAAGCCGUUGGGGCCAUGGGAGCGAAACCAGCAACUUCAGCUGCCAUAGCGAAACAAAAAGCAAAUCUUCGUGCUGGAGGUGCUUCUCCUGGAUCUGAUGGCAGCUAUGGCGAAAGUUUUGCUAGCGAGUCGAUCGAAAUCUCCGAUGACUCAUCUGAUUCUCCCAUCGUCGGAUUAGCGAAAGCAAAAGCACCUGCUGGCGUGGCAGGAACAGCUGCUGGCAUGAAUAGGCCAAUGAGUGCAGCAAUAGGCGCUGCGGCGAAUAGACCAAUGGGAGCCACGGCUGGCGUCAACAGACCUGCAAGCGCAGCCAUAGGCGCUAACAGUAGACCUGCAAGUGGAGGUGCCGGAUCGGCUUCGAGUGGAAGUGAAAUCCAUAUUGCUCGUCCCGUAGGUGCAAGACCACAAACGGCAACCAGACGUCAGGAUCCGCCGAAAGGACCGAACAGCGACUUUUAGUUCUGGCUGAAUAGAGUUCGUGUUGUAGUAGAGGAUGAGGAACUGGUAUUGCAGUAUUUUUUGAUUCAACUGCGGUGAGAUUCGGCAGCGAACUUCGUUGGAGUUCUUGAACUAUCAUUUCGUUAUAAUUUUGUUCUUUUUCUCAACUCCUUCAUUAAUUCUCCUUCUCGUUGUUGUAAGUAUAUUAUAACUAAGUAGUUACAACAAUGUCUUUUUUUAUGCAGAGCUUCCUCCUGGACCAACGAGGAUCUACAGGUGUUCGGCGUGCUUUCACCGACAAAAACAGACAAGAAACAGACUAUUUUCACAACAGACUAUCUUGAUCUCCAAUUCCAAAUCCAAAUCUUCAACUUUGAACAGCUACUUACAACAUCUACUCAAUUUCCAUUUAUUUGAACAACAAGAAAAUACAGCAAAUUUAUUGUUGUACAGACUAUCUUGAUCUUCAUCACUUUUAAUCACCCUACUGGCUACUGCCACUGAGCGACUCGUGGGCAGUAGUAGCUCUUGAGCUUGUUAACGUUUCUUCUUCUUGCUAUUACUAAUAUCAAUGAUCAUCAUGCUGCAAAUCAGAUGAUGUUGCAGCUCUAGUUCUUGCAGAUAAUGACUGUACAACAUCACAACUUCUUGUAGAAGUAAGUUGAAGUUGAAGAAUGGAAAUGCAAUCUUACACUAUCAUGUCUCAUAUCCUUUUUCAAGUCCAAGCUCGAUUUUCAAUUUCAACAAUGUUGUUAGAUGUCUACUGCUAUCGUCUUGUUGUUAGUCAAAACAAUUUUGAACUGUUAUUUACCAAAAAAAUCAGUGGAUUUUUACUGAAAAUGUUUUUCACCUCCUAGUAUUCAGGAGGUUGUAAAUUUAGAGCAACGUCAACAUUCUACUUCUACUUUUUAUGUAGAUCUUCAUCAUCGUGCAUGAUAUUAGAUGAGGACAACUACGUGUUAGUUUUUCUUGAAUCAAAUACCGAAUCAAGAGACUCCUUGAAUAUACGAAAAAAAAGUCGCUGAAUGCAAAAUGUCAAGAU